GACAACGUCGCAUUGAACGAAAAUAACCAAAGUGCAAGUGGUGAAAUAAUUACACUUCCAAUUAAAAAUGUAAAAGAUUUCCGAUUAUUUAAUUAUUUGUUGUUAAAGUCGUGUAAUUUCAUAGUUCUCAAGAAUGGGUUCCAAUAAACACAAGCAUAAGUCCAAGAAAAGGAAGCAUUACCGUAGUUCGGAAUCAUCAGAACGGGAGCUCGAGAAAGAACGACGCCACCAUAAAAAACACAGCAGAGAUAAAAAGGAGAAACAUUCAAGUUCAAAAUCAAUUUUAGUCGAUGAUUAUGACAGUUCAGAUAGCGACGAUGUAAUCAUCGUAACUACACCUCCGCCACCAAAAAUUUCAAGAAAUAUUUCUCCUUCACCACCACCAGCAAAAAGAUCCAGACAUUCUCAUGCACCAACACCACCUCCGGCUGUUAUUCGACGAAGAUCACCGUCACCGCCUCCGGCGUCUUCGACUCGUGAGAGCAGAGCUACCACAAAUUCAUCUGCAGAAGCUUCAUUAUCGAUCGAAGAAACCAACAAAAUUAGGCUUAAAUUAGGUUUGAAACCAUUAGAUGUGAGUUCUGCAAAACCUCAAGAAAAUGAUAAAGAAAAAAAAGAAACGUUUGGAGGCACUGAUAUGGGCGAAUUCGUGCAUAAGCCCGCAGAAAAUAUUGCUACUAAGACUUUCAACGAGAAAUUGAAAGAGAAAAUUGCCCUUAAACGAGAAAAACGAUUACUGGAGCAGAAAUUAGCCAAGGUCAAGACUCUGGGCGAUGAAGAUGAUUCUGACGACGAUGUAUCCAAAUGGGUUGAAAAAAAUCGGAAGAUUGUCAACGAAAAGGAGCAAGCUGAGAAAAAAGCUAAAGAAUUGGACGCAUUGGAUGAAGUUUUCGGUAUUGGUGACCUGAUAGAAGAAGAUAAAAGGGUCCAGAAGAGAUUCAUGUACACUUCCAAGGAUUUAAAAGGGCUCAAAGUUGGACACUCUACCGAAAAUUUUGUUGAAGGACGUGAUGUCAUUUUAACGUUAGAGGAUAAAGGAAUACUGGAAGACGAGGAAGAUACUUUAGUGAAUGUUAAUAUUCAAGACGAUGAACGAUAUAAAAAAAAUAUUGAUCGAAGAAAACGGAAACCCGGUUAUAACGCUUACGACGACAGCGCUGAACUUGAAGAAGAACUUCUUGACGAUAAGAAAAAAGUACUCACCAAAUAUGACGAAGAAAUUGAUGGAGAGAAAAAAUCUAGCUUCAAAUUAGGAGUAAACGCUAAAAUGGAAGAAGAAGCUAGGAAAGAAGCUAUCCGUAAAAAAUUACAAGAACGACAAAUUGGUAAACGAUUAGAAACUUUGGCCAUGUCUUUAACUCCUGCCUCUGAAUAUUACACGGAACAAGAGAUACAAAUCAAAUUCAAGAAACCCAAGAAAAAAGUGAGGAAGAUUCGUAAAAAAAUUCUAAAAGCUGACGAUUUGUUACGAGAUGAUUAUUCCAUGAAAGAUGAACCUGAAGAAGAUCCUUCUUUAAGGGGCAUCGGUACCAGAAGACCUAAGAGUCGCUCGAAAAUUAAAACUGAAGUUAAAGAUGAACCUAUGGACGAGUUAGACUUUGACGAUCUACCAGUUCCUCCUCUUAUUGACACCAGUAAAAUUAAAAUAGAAGAUGAAGAUGAUGAUCAAGAUUUACAACUUGCUUUAGACAGAGCUAGGAAAUUAAAACAGGAGAGAGCGUUGAAGCCGAGUGCCGUAGAAACCUCCUAUGACGAAGAUAUGGAAGACGUGAGUAAAACAGGACCUCCGGGUAGUUCAAUUGUUUUAAACGCAACUGCAGAAUUCUGUCGAACUUUAGGAGAUAUUCCUACCUAUGGACAAGCUGGUAAUCGUGAAGAAGAUGCUCAAGAAUUAUUGGAUUUCGAAAGGGAACUGCAAAAAGAAAGAAUGCGUAGAGAAGAAAUAGAUGCAUUGACUACGGGCUGGAAUGAAGUAGCUAUGGCAGAUUCAACGCCGGUGGAUAUAACUCCCGCUGAAGUUCCUAUUCUUGACGCCGAACCGGAUAUAGUCACAGGUGUCGCAGGAGCUUUAAAAAUGGCUAUCGUCAAAGGUUACGUGCAGAACGAAAAUGAAAAAAGACCAUCCGCUUCUAGAUUCGCUCAUUUACAAGCGCAAAACUAUUCUAUCGAAGAUAAAGCUCAUUCGAUGGAGGAUGAUAAACAUGCUCGAAGAGAACGAUAUUGCGGUCCUACGUCUGAUUUCAAAGAGAAAGCUGGUUACAAACCAAACGUUAAAUUGGAUUAUAUUGAUGAUGACGGCCAUAAAUUGUCGGCCAAGGAAGCGUUCAGGUAUUUGUCGCAUAAAUUUCAUGGUAAAGGUCCUGGUAAGAAUAAGAUAGAAAAAAGAAUGAAGAAAGGAGAACAGGAUGCGUUGAUGAAACAAAUGAGUUCUACGGAUACUCCAUUGGGUACUUUGAGUAUGUUGCAACAGAAGCAGAAAGAAACAGCUUCGCCGUUUGUUGUUCUCAGUGGAAGCAAACAUGGGCAUUCAACUGCAAUUUCCAAGUUGAAGAUGUAAUUGUAAAUGUUGCCGGUGUUGAUUGUCAGCAAUAAGUAAUCAAUAAUUAUUGAGGAAUGUACAUUAUAUUCAUUAGUGUAAUAAAUACUUCUAAAUUA